AUGUGGAUGCGUGGGGUGGGGGAGCUGAAGACCACCGGGCAUGGAGAAGUCUGGUAGUGAGAUUCAGAUAACUAUGAUGAUAACAGCUAAUCUUUCCGAGGGCGGUGCCAGGUAGUAGUAUUCGACUGCAGAAACAUUUCUUGGAACCUUAUCUGAACGGCUCAGGUCUGGUUUGGGAGUUUUUUAAUAGAAGAGUAGUAGGAACGGAAGAGUACAGACCUGUCGACCUGAACCCAAGGUGAGGAAGAAUGUUAACCAUCAGAAUCAGCGAGGGGAUGAAGACAGUCCUAGAAGCCAGGUAGACCUACCUAUCUAUCAGGCAUGUACCUGGAGGAGUGUAUCCUGGGACAUAUUACAACGGCUGUGUAAACAGGCAGAUGCAAGAACUCUCAUUGUGAUUUCCUGUAUAUACUUGCAAAAUACCAGAAACCACUGCUGACUAUCAGUAAGAAGAUCGGGUAAAUACUGACACACUUCUACAGUGAGAUACGCGGCGACGGUGAAAACAAAUCGACUCAGCCUGGAAACACGUUCCCAAGCGUGGCACAGCAAAAGGGGCAGUAAGAGAUAGUCUGCCGUCAAAAAGACUGAAAAGCUCUACACCGGAACCCUACCCAGUGGCGGGAAUACAGGCCGGUGUGUGAGCAGUGAAGGCACUCCACCUUCCUCACGUCAACCUCAUCUGUAAAACGGACAUCGUAAUGCCCACUCUCCAGGGCCAGUGCAAGAACUCAGGAAGAUAUUGUGCACUUGGAACUCCGUGGAGGCUCAGUAAAUAGCCACUGUCUGUAAAGGUUGCAUCAUCCAAGGACGGCCCCAACACUAUCUCCUGUUCAUCUAGUAUCUGGCGAUCCUCCCUUCAAGGAGUGGAGCCUGACUCCUUUCCCCUGGAAAGGAGGACUUUGCUCAGUGGGUUGAGAAGGAUAAAGUGGGCCUUUUGAAUCAAGAGAGCCUAGAGAUUUUAGAGUGGCCCAUUCCAGAAGGAACACUUCCAUUCUGCUGUGAAACCCUUAGACAAGACGUUGGAGGGCCCAAUGGCUGCAAAAUCUCCACCCAGUGUUCCCAAAACCAAGAGUCCGGGCAGCAUCACCAACAGCAGGGCGGAGACUCAAGGGCAGUGGGGUCGUGCCUGGGAGGUGGACUGGUUUUCGCUAGCGAGCGUCAUCUUUCUGCUGCUCUUCGCACCUUUCAUUGUGUACUACUUCAUCAUGGCGUGUGACCAGUACAGCUGCUCUCUGACUGCCCCCGUGAUGGAUGUCGCCACUGGGCGUGCUCAUCUCUCAGACAUCUGGGCCAAGACGCCACCUGUGACAAAGAAAGCAGCCCAGCUGUAUGCCUUAUGGGUCACGUUCCAGGUGCUUUUGUACAUGGCACUUCCUGACUUCUGCCAUAAGUUUCUGCCGGGCUACGUGGGAGGUGUUCAAGAGGGUGCCGUGACCCCCGCAGGGGUUGUCAACAAGUAUGAAAUCAAUGGCCUGCAAGCGUGGCUCAUUACACACCUUCUCUGGUUUGCAAACUCUCAUGUCCUGUCCUGGUUCUCUCCCACCAUCAUCUUCGACAACUGGAUACCACUGCUGUGGUGCGCCAACAUCCUCGGCUAUGCGGUUUCCACCUUUGCCAUGAUCAAGGGUUAUUUCUUCCCCACCAAUGCCAAAGACUGCAAAUUCACAGGCAAUUUCUUUUACAACUACAUGAUGGGCAUUGAGUUUAACCCCCGGAUUGGGAAGUGGUUUGACUUCAAGCUGUUCUUCAACGGACGCCCCGGGAUCGUUGCCUGGACCCUCAUCAACCUGUCCUUUGCGGCCAAGCAGCGGGAGCUCCACGGCCAAGUGACCAACGCCAUGGUCCUGGUCAACAUCCUGCAGGCCAUCUACGUGUUGGACUUUUUCUGGAAUGAAACAUGGUACCUGAAGACCAUCGACAUCUGCCACGACCACUUUGGGUGGUACUUGGGCUGGGGGGAUUGUGUCUGGCUGCCGUACCUUUACACACUGCAGGGCCUGUACCUGGUCUACCACCCCGUGCAGCUGUCCACCCUGCAUGCCACUGGCAUCCUGCUGCUGGGUCUGCUCGGCUACUACAUCUUCCGGAUGGCCAACCAUCAGAAGGAUCUGUUCCGCCGUACAGACGGCCGCUGCCUCAUCUGGGGCAGGAAGCCCAAGGUCAUCGAGUGCAUGUACACGUCCGCAGAUGGGCAAAAGCACCACAGCAAGCUCCUGGUGUCGGGUUUCUGGGGCGUGGCCCGCCACCUCAACUACACAGGCGACCUGAUGGGCAGCCUGGCCUACUGCCUGGCCUGCGGCGGGGGCCACCUGCUGCCGUACUUCUACAUCAUCUACAUGACCAUCCUGCUGACCCACCGCUGCCUCCGAGAUGAGCACCGCUGCGCCAACAAGUAUGGCAGUGACUGGAAGCGCUACACGGCUGCUGUGCCCCAUCGCCUGCUGCCUGGGAUUUUCUGAAGCACCGUCCCCUGGUAGGAGGAGCCGUGAGGGGCGGUGAAGAGCAUGUGAGGCUGGUCUGCUGGGGCUCCUGACAGCCCCCCCCCCCCCAGGAGCUUCCAGUCCCUCAUCUGAAAUGGAAUGAGCCUGGUGCUCAGGAUGCGCUGCUCCCCCUUGGCCCCAGAGGAGUCCUUAGGGCUCGUGCCACCUGCCUCCCUGGCAGCAGAAGCGAGCAGAUUCCUCUAUGCAGUGAUCCGCGGGCAGGCGGAGGGCCUGCUCACCUUUGACCCCCCCCCCACGAUGACCGUGUCUCUCCUGUGUGUUGGGAACCAGACAUGUUGGUGUCCAACCUGGAGCAGACACCUGCUUGCUAUCACUCAUCCUCACGAAAUAAAGGGGGAACGUGGAUAUAGCAGGUGCUCCAAUUACCAAUUUAUUGCCUUUCGGCCCCAGAUGCGCUUUCCUUACCUGCUCCGUGAUCCUGAGCCGGACCCUGUGGACAUCUCUUCUUUGCUGUGUGCACGAUGUUAUAUUUGAGGGACACUGCACGGACGAGGGGGCUUCUCUUUCUGGUUUCAGUGACAUCUCCUUCCCUGUUGCUCACGCCUGCAGGGCUGCAGUGAGGAGACAACCAAGGUGCCUGCCCAGAGCAUGCAGAGGUCCCAGCACGGGCUGCAGCUCCCAGGGUCUGACCCUCUGAGCGUCCAGCCGCCACCCUCGCCUGCCAGCCCUCUGUGGGGUGCAUCCCGCUUGCCUGGUGACUGCACACAUUGGCUCAGGCAGCCCAGCAAACCUGUGUGCUGUCCAGGGAGCCUUCUCCAGCAAGAUGUGAAUCCCAGCUUCCAGGAGGGGGUACCUUUCAAGUGAACUUUUUUUUUGCCCUGGGCAUUUGCCGUUAACCCUAGGGUUUUCUUGAGAGCUCUCUUUGAACAUUAUUGCCUUAGUAGACUUGAUAAUUCUUUAUAUUAAACUUGCCCUGAUCAAACUUCUCUUUCUCGAUUGGGCCUGACUGCACGUAAGGGCUCGGUUUCUGGUACAUAGAAGGGGUGCCCAAGAUGCGGUUGAAGAGCUGCUUGGGUACUGCUUCAAAGCUGUGAAUGCUCCCCAGAGGACUUAGGGGACCGGUGCCAGCCUUCCCCCACCAUUUGCCCGCUGUUGGGGCUAUUCUUGCGUUGGGAGUGGACAUCGAUCACAUUCACCAAAGGAAGAAAUCCCAGCCUGGCUGCCUGCCUGCGGCAGUGAACAGAGAUGCCGGGUAGCAGUGAGCCUUGCCUUCUGCUUGCAGAGACUGGGGAGGAGUGAGCUGUGGGCAGGGAGGGCGGUGCUGGGCAGCACCUCCCCUGCUUCCAGAAGGAACUGGCUGUACAGCCCAGUGGGAUGAGAACACGGGCCUCACCCAGGCUGCUGCUCUCUUGCCCAUUCAUUACAGCCCCCAUGCUGAGGGUUUCCCAGGCAUCUGUGUUUGUCACAAGUCACGUGACUGGAAUACUGACCAGCCUGGAGAGCCACUGCCCUGGAUGGCCUUGAGUAGAGUGCACCCCUCCUUCUCUCAGACACCAGGUGAAUUCAUUUCAAGCACACUGGAGGGUGCUGCUUGUGAGCUUCGGCCCUGGCUCCACCAAACAGCUGUGGACCUAGAUCCGGUGACUUGCCUUCUCUGUGCCUUGGCUUUUCCCAUUUGAAAAGGAAGGGCAAUUAUAAUUUUCCUGCCUUGCUUUGAGAGGGCUUCCUCAGGCUGAAUUUGUAGAAGAGCUGUAUGUCCACACCUGGGAUCUGUCUCUGUCCACGAGCCCAGUUGUGUGUGUAUGUGUGUGUUAGCACUUCUGGGCAGGGCUGCAGGUUGACACUUGUAUGCAGCGUGCUCAGCAAAUGCAAGCCAGGCUUGCCCCCACUUUGUGCAGGAGAGGCUCACUUCUGGCAAGACCAAGAUGAGGCCAAGAGCCCUAGCUCCGAGCACAGUGAGUUUAGGACCUUGGAGGCCUCUGUGAGGUGCUGGUUACAAAGUUCUAGAAAUUCUCAGGGCAGGGUGAAGCCACAGACCCUGGGCCUCUGGGCACACGGCCUGCCUUUUCCCUCCUCCCCAAGAGAGAGGGGCUGCUUGGGCCCCCAGAGCCAGGAGGGCCAGCACAGCAGAGAUGGUGAAGCCUCGUGGCCAGUGGGGGGCGGGAAGGUGGUGCCACUCUGGGAAAGGCUCCUUCUGUCCUCUGGGCCUCGCCAGGUGUCAGCAGCCCCCGGGACAGGGCUGGCACAGGAACUUGCGUAGCCACAUUCAGAUAGGUCCUUGCCCACGAGGAGCUUAAACGUAGCACAUCCCAUUCCCCGCUGGGCCUUGGGAGGCAGCAGCCCCUCUCCCAAAGCCCAUCCUACUGGCUCCGGCAGCGUGCCAUGAAAUGUUAGCCCAGCCUGCGUUCCGACCUCUAGUCAGAGAACGGCCUCUGUGGGCACUCACCUUUGCCCUCUGAGGGCUGGCAGGCUGCUGGCCCUGUUUCCAGAGGCUGAUCCUGCCAAGAAACAGGCUCAGGGGUUGAGGCAACUCAUCCCCAGUGAUGGAACCAGCAAGAGGCAGAGGCCGCAUUCAAACCCAGGGGCGUUUGCUUCCAGUCCUGCUGUAACCAAUCAACACCAAUUUAUUUUCUCACGGUUCUGGAUUUAAGAAUCCAAAAUGAGUCUUAUAAGACUAAAAUGAAGGCAUCGGUCGGCAGAGCCACGCUCCUCUGGAGGCUGUUGGGGAGGGUCCUACCCCGUCUUCCAGCUCUCGGCUCCUGGCGUCCCCAGGCUGGUGGCCCGGUCCCUCCAGCCCCUGCCUCCCAUCCUGCAGCCGCGUGGGCCCUGCCUCACAUGGCCACCUGUGAUUACAUGGGGCCACCUGGAGAAUCCCUGGCCCCAGGGUAAUUGGUCUAAUCACUCCGGCAGUGCCUUGGGCCGGCAACUUUCCCGGGUUCUGCAGAUUAGGCUGGGGAUGUGUUUGGGGGCCCCCCUCAGGCACCACAUGCUCCAUCAAGCCUUGCUCACUUUUUCUCCUGUAUUCACUACUAAGGCAAUAAUCCUGCUGUUAAACUAAACCCCAGGUGCUGAGUUAAGACCUCGAUUUCUAAGGAAGAAGUCUGCAAUGCAGCCGUCCGACCACGGCUUGCUGUCUGUAACAGGUGAAAUGACCAGGAUGUUCUCAGAGACACGGGUAAGCACACAGCAUGCCUGGCAGCUAAUAAAAACUGCAGGUGACAAGGAGGAUCUAAGAAACUGGUGUUUUUAUCGAUUCAAGGAAUAAAAGCUAACCCCACAGGCAGAUGUCAGCAAAAUGCCGGUCCGAGUGCCGCCAAGGUCGGGAGGAGGCCAGCACUCUCCGCACAAACAACGUGAGCGUUCUGGAGGGCGGUUUCGACAUGCGUGUGCAGGAACUUGAAGAGAUAAAUACUGUUUGACUCGUGAAGUCAGCUCCACAGAUUCCUCAAGUCCGUUUUUUAUGCUGGUGUCUUCUUUUUCAGUUUGAACAUAACCUCCCAUCUCCCCAUUGUGGCCGACUUGCUUGCUUCUGUUAUCAGGAAGGUAGCCACAUCUCCCUGCAGGUCGUGGCCUGCCGUGGAAGGCGUGCCAUGGAAGGUGUCCCAUGGGUCUCAAGUGUUGUCGCCAGUAGCAGGUGUUCCUGAACUGUCCCCUGUGUGGGCUCUCAAGUCCUCCUUUUGUGACUGGGUCCUCAGGUGCUGCAGGUGUGCUGAUGGGCGGGGCUGGCUGCCACCUAGCAGGCCUACUGGUGGGUGGGGAUGCCCAUCCUCCAGGGCAGAGCUGCUUUUUGGAGGGAGGGUGGCAGGGGUGAGCAAGUUGGAUGGGACAGGUCUGCAGGGGGACGGUAGGGCAGGGCGGGCAGGGCAAGCAAGGGAUAUGGUGACUGCCCCUGCUUCGUUCCUGGAGAAAGUUCCUGUAGAUCCCUGCUCCUCCAGCACACGUCCUAAAAUCACUCAAUAUAUCGAUGCCCUUCGUGAAUGGCCCUAGGUGCUUUUCAGACUGCUGCCUCCAUGCUGGGUCUUUUUUUUUUUUUAAGAUUUUAUUUAUUCAUGAAAGACACACACAGAGAGGCAGAGACACAGGCAGAGGGAGAAGCAGGCUCCAUGCAGGGAACCUGACCUGGGACUUGAACCUGAAACUCUGGGAUCAUGCCCUGGACCAAAGGCAGAUGUUCAACCACUGAGCCACCCAGGCAUCCCGGUGCUGGGUCUUGAACCCAGUGACAUAGUACUCUGGCCUUAUAGGCCUGGGGUCUUAGAUUCCUGCAGACCUCUGGCUCUCCCAGAGUUAAGUCCUGCUGAUUUUCAAAGUGAGACAUUAUGGGAGCUCAUCUUUCCAGUACAGAUACCCGAGGGGUACCUCAGGUUGGGGCUUGAACCCUUUGAGGGAGGACCUCAAAGCUGAGGCAUCACCCCUACAUGCAGGUCCCCAUGCUAGGGGUUUGGUUCCUGAGGGCCUGCGUCUCUGCCCUCGCUACCCUUAUGGAUGUGGUUUCCUCUGCAUUUCUUCAACUGCAGCUGACCUGUUCUGCUGGCUGCCAGGUUCUUUCUGGAAAGGAGUGCUCUAUAUGUAGCUAUAUGCAGCCCUAGUGUGUCCGUGGGAGGAGGUGAGCUCAGCAUCUUCCUCCUCCACAGCCUUCCCAUUCAACCCGGAACCGACACGUAUGGUUAAUAAAGUUUUCAAUGAAAUGCAAGCAGGAAAGACGUAGACACAACCUCAGGCAGGCCCACCCUCUAAUGACUUUGCUCUUUGGUGCAUCCCCAGCCUCGGAACACAGUCUGCUACGCAUCAGUCCCCAGCUCUACACUCCCAAAAUGCAUGGGCACUGUCGCAAGGACGUGACGUGUGCCAGCAGAUCCUCACAAUAAUCCCGGUGGCAAGCACUAUUGUUGCCACCCCUGCUUUAGAGGUGGAGAAACUGAGGCACAGAUCAAUAGUGGGACUUGCCCGAGGUUCUAAGCUAAUCAACUGCAGAGCCGGGAUUCAAUAUCUGCCCUUAACCACCUUUCUGUGGAGCUUGGUCAGGUGGUUGCUCAGGGGACGCUGAAAUAGCCAGGAAGGCCGUGUCGUGACGCCGGGGUGGGCAGAUGGAAAGCUUUCCAACAGUGCUUUCCACACGAUGGAUGGCAGCCCACCUGUGGGUCAUGAAAUCCUCCCAGAAGGGAAGGGUGUUACAAGUUACCCCCAAACUGCUUGGCGUAAACCAAUAAUAAACAUGAUCUCAGACAAUUUUGGAGGCUCAGGGACACAGAGACGGCUCAGCUGGGUGGUUUUGGCUGUCUCCCCACAUGGUGGACCACUCCAUGGGGCUGCAUGAGCAUCCUUGCUGCAGGGUGGUCGGCCUCCUCUCACCCCUCUGGGUGAGCGACCCAGGAGACAUAUAGCAGUCUCGGGAGCUGUGCUUCAUCAUUCCUGUGACCUCCCUCUGGUUACACAGUCCGUGUGGGAGGGAGCUACACAGGACACGAGCAGCAGGACACCUAGAGGCCCAUGGGGAGGAGAGAUCCACCAAAGCUGGGGUAUCUGGCUGGCGGUAGAGUUCUGCUACAAGGCAAGAGCAGACCUUCUGCUGACCAAAGUCCUUUGUGUUGGGUCCAGAUGCAUUAUUGCUGGUGGCCCCCGCCUGGCUUCUGCCUUCUGGCCUGACAGCGAGGUAUUUGUGAAGGUGUGUUGCUUGAUGAGCUAAGAGAAGGAAGCAGCCUAGGGACAAGCAAUGGGCCAGUGAAGUAAGAAUGUGGGAGGCCACAGAGACUGCAGGCAAGCCUGGGCCCCACCCCUACCUGCCUGAUUAUGAAGACACAGGCGAUUGCACGAGAAGGAACAUUGCAAAUCCUAAAACAUAAAUCAAGGUCAGAGAUGAUCACGAUAAUGUUUGUGGAAGAGGCUCCACGGGAGGCAGGCUGGAUGCCAGGGGAAGAGAGGCGGUAUUGCAGCACCCCGCUGCACAGAGCACCUACUCCAGGCAGGAUCCGUGGGGGCACCUUGUUCGUUUCUGAACAGCACUAUUUUCCAUUAUUAAUGCUUUAAAAUAGGCAAUACGCUCACACUUGGACAUUUAUCCCAGAGAAAUAAAAAAUUAUGUUUGCAUAAAACA